AUGGAGGCCGGCCAUAUAUUACUCGGGAGACCAUGGCAGUAUGACCAGAGGGCAGUACACGAUGGCUUCACCAACAAACAUUCCUUCAAGUUCAAGGGCCGGAAGGUUACUCUUGCACCCUUAUCUUUCCGCGAAGUUUACUUGGACCAACUUAGACUUGAGCAGAACAGCAAGGGAAAAUCCAUUGUGAGUGAUCUUCCAAACACCUCUUUCACUAAAUCUGAGAGUGAGAGUCUGAGAAAAACCCAGCAAAUGGCCUUUGAGAGUGAACCCGGCAGUUCAAACCAUUCAUUAUUUGUGAGGCCGAGUGAGAUUAAACACGCCUUGCUUUCUAGGCAGCCUUUCAUUCUUCUAUUGUUUAAGGAUGCUUUGACUAGUAUCUCUGACCCAGAGCCGGUUCUUCCGAGCAGUAUUUCAUAUGUUUGGCAAGAAUUUUCCGAUGUGUUCCCGGAAGACAACCCAGACGGCUUACCACCGAUCCGAGGGAUCGAACAUCAGAUUGAUUUUCUACCUAGAGCCUCAUUACCGAACCGGCCAGCUUACAAAACCAAUCCACUUGAAACAAAGGAGCUUCAGAAGCAGGUUGGCGAGCUUAUGGAGAAAGGCUACAUCCGAGAAAGCAUGAGUCCAUGUGCGGUACCCGUUUUGCUUGUGCCGAAAAAAGACGGAACCUAG